CCGGCGGUGACCGUCGAUUUUUUGUUCCCUCCUCGGAAAAAAGACAACAAAAAAGGGGAAGCGGAAAAACCCCCAAAAGCCCAGAUUUCAUUCUUUUUCAUUUCCCCGAAAUAUUUGCUUUUUAUUUUCCGACACCGUUUUUUUAUACCCUCUCUUGCCGUAGCAAAUAAUCAGAGGAGAGGGAGGAUAAGAAGGAACACCCUCCCUUCCCAAAACAAAGCAGGGAAGCAGUAAAAGAAUUUGCGGAGGAGUUUUUUUUUCAAUUGUUGUGAAGGAUGGCUCAGGUUCAGGGUCAGGGUCAGAAUGCGAACGGUGGAGUGGCCGCUUCUGCGGCGGCAGCGGGGCAGAUGGGGACGACGUCGCUGUACGUCGGCGAUCUGGACCCGACAGUAACGGACUCGCAGCUCUUCGAGGCCUUUGGCCAAGUGGGUCAGGUGGUUUCUGUUCGUGUCUGCAGGGACAUGACGACUCGGCGAUCUCUCGGCUAUGGCUAUGUGAACUACGGAAAUUCUCAGGAUGCUGCAAGGGCGCUGAAUGAACUGAAUUUUAUAGCUCUAAACGGAAAGGCUAUUAGAGUUAUGUAUUCGGUCCGUGAUCCAAGCACCCGUAAAAGCGGAGUUGGUAAUAUAUUUAUCAAGAGCCUUGACAAAUCUAUCGACCACAAAGCUCUCUAUGACACAUUUUCGGCUUUCGGGAGCAUCCUCUCUUGCAAAGUUGCUACUGAUGCCUCUGGUCAGUCAAGAGGCUAUGGGUUUGUGCAAUAUGACAAUGAAGAAUCUGCCCAGAAGGCCAUAGAGCAAUUGAAUGGGAUGCUACUGAACGAUAAGCAGGUGUAUGUCGGACCCUUUGUUCACAGGCAGCAAAGAGAAUCAUUCGUUGAGAAGGCUAAGUUUAACAAUGUGUAUGUGAAGAGUAUCUCUGAGUCCAUGACCGAUGAAGAGAUGAAGAAAGUGUUUGGAGAGUUUGGACUGAUCACCAGUUGUGUGAUCAUGAGAGAUGGUGAAGGGAAAUCAAAAGGUUUUGGGUUUGUCAAUUUUGAGAAUCCCGAUGAUGCUGCCAAAGCUGUUGAGGCUCUAAAUGGAAAGAAAUUUGAUGAGAAGGAGUGGUAUGUUGGGAAAGCCCAGAAGAAGUCGGAGAGAGAAAUGGAACUGAAGAAAAAGUUCGAGCAAAGUUUGAAGGAGGCUGCUGACAGAUCUCAGGGGUCGAACUUGUAUGUUAAGAACUUGGAUGAUAGCAUCACAGAUGAAAAACUCAAGGAGCUUUUCUCUUCUUUCGGAACAAUAACAUCGUACAAGGUCAUGAGAGACCAAAGUGGAGUUAGUAAAGGAUCUGGCUUUGUCUCAUUUUCAUCGCCUGAAGAAGCCUCUAGAGCUAUUGCGGAGAUGAAUGGCAAAAUGGUUGUUAGCAAACCUCUAUAUGUUGCUUUAGCUCAGCGGAAAGAAGAUCGUAAGGCUAGGCUGCAGGCUCAGUUUGCGCAACUGAGGCCCGUGAAUAUGCCACCUGUUGUCAGUCCACGUAUGCCAAUGUAUCCGCCAGGCGGUCCUGGAAUUGGUCAACAACUGUUUUAUGGUCAAGGACCUCCGGCUAUGAUUCCUCCCCAGCCUGGAUUUGGAUUCCAACAACAACUUGUCCCCGGAAUGAGACCAGGUGGGGCUCCGAUGCCAAACUUCUUCAUGCCAAUGGUUCAACAAGGCCAGCAGCAACGGCCCGGUGGAAGACGUGGAGGAUCUGUUCAGCAAUCUCAGCAGCCUUCUCCUAUGAUGCAGCAACAGAUAAUCCCGAGGGGUCGUAUGUACCGUUAUCCACAACGUGGUGGCCUUCCCGAAGUUCCAAUGCCGGGUGUUGCCCCAAGUAUGCUUUCGGUUCCAUAUGAUAUGGCUGGUGCCGUUCCUCUUCGUGAUUCCUCUGUUUCUCAGCCUGUUCCGAUUGGAGCUUUGGCGUCUGCACUUGCUAAUGCAUCUCCCGAGCAACAGAGAACGAUGCUGGGAGAGAAUCUAUACCCGCUUGUGGAACAACUCGAGCCAGACUCGGCAGCCAAGGUCACCGGGAUGCUUCUCGAGAUGGAUCAGACCGAAGUGCUUCACUUGCUGGAGUCACCCGAAGCUCUCAAAGCUAAAGUCGCAGAAGCAAUGGAGGUUCUGAGGAGUGUUCAUCAACCAGCCGGUGCCGCCGACCAGUUAGCUUCUCUGUCUCUUAACGGCAACAUCGUAUCUUAACGAGUUCCUCAACCUUCGGAACUGACUUUAUGUUCCUUUUGUUUAGGAGUCGGAAACAAAGAGUUUUUGCGGGAAACAUGGUUUUGUUUGGUUUAUACUUCGCCUGAGAUUUUUGUUUUGAGAAGUACUUUUUGAUACAAUUUAAUUUAUUGUCUUCAGGUUUUUUAUUUAUU